UGUUUACUUUAUUGGCAUUGAAUUUUAGAACCUCGUAAUGUCCUUGUUCUGCAGCUGAGAUAACACCUGCCAAGGAUUUUAUAGGGUUCUCUCCAUUGAAGUUUUGGGUUUUCUUUGUAAAGUAAUGAUUGUUUCCGCUCUUCUAACUUCUGUGGGAAUAAAUCUUGGCAUUUGUAUUUUAUUUUUUACAUUAUAUUCUAUACUGAGGAAGCAACCAGAAACCGUUCAUGUUUAUUCCCCACGCUUGGUAGCUGAAGGAAAAUCUCAGCUUAGGAAUCGUUUCAACUUAGAGAGGUUGUUACCUUCUGCUGGUUGGGUGAGAAGGGCAUGGCAGACUUCCGAAGAAGAUCUCUUGUCAACGUCAGGACUGGAUGCAGUGGUUCUGAUGCGUGUCUUUAUCUUCAGUUUGAGAAUAUUUUCUUUUGCUGGGAUUGUUGGGAUCUUCAUUCUUCUUCCAGUGAAUUAUUUGGGUAAUCAGCUAAGUCUUAUUGAUUUUUCUGAUUUGCCAAAUAAAUCUCUGGACAUCUUCAGCAUUUCAAAUGUAGACAACGGGUCAAAAAGGUUGUGGAUACAUUUUAGUGCUGUUUAUGCUUUCAGUGGAGUUGUCUGCUAUCUUCUUUAUUAUGAAUAUAAAUAUAUCUCUUCAAAGAGGAUUUCUUAUUUUUAUUCCUCCAAACCUCAGCCACAUCAGUUCACCCUUUUAGUUCGUGGUAUCCCUUUAUCUGCUGGAAAUAGUUUCAGUGAGAGUGUCAAGAGUUUCUUCACGGAGUAUCACUCUUCUGCCUAUCUAUCACAUAUGGUGGUUCGCCAAACAAACAAGCUUCAAAAGCUUAUUUGGGAUGCGAAAAUGUUGUAUAAAACGCUCGUUAACUUGAAAUCAAAGAAUCCUACUCAAAAGAAGUUUACACGUGAUGGCUUCCUAGGACUGUUUGGACGGAAUGUUGAUCUUGUAGAUCACUAUGAGAAGAAGUUAGAAGAUCUGGAAGAAAAUGUCAGAAUGGAGCAAUUAGGUCUUUCAUUGACUGGGGAGGAAGUCCCUGCUGCCUUUGUGUCCUUCAAAUCCCGUUAUGGGGCUGCCAUUGCUCUCCAUAUUCAACAAUCAAUCAAUCCCACGGAAUGGAUCACAGAGCAAGCACCUGAGCCUCAUGAUGUUUUCUGGCCUUUCUUCUCCGCUUCAUUUAUGCAAAGAUGGGUUUCCAGGCUGGUGGUUUUUGUCGCAUGUUUCGUCCUUACAGUUCUAUUCCUUAUUCCUGUUGUAUUUGUGCAAGGUCUUGCUAAUCUGCCGCAGUUGGAAGCCUUUUUGCCUUUUCUGAAAGGCAUACUGUCUAUAACAUUUGUCAGUCAAGUUAUCACAGGAUAUCUUCCCAGCCUCAUUCUUCAGUUGUUUCUGAAAAUGGUACCUCCCAUCAUGAAGAUCCUUUCUUCUAUUCAAGGGUCUAUCUCCAAUAGUGAGAUAGAAAUAAGUGCAGGUAAAAAAGUACUUUGGUUUACCGUAUGGAAUAUUUUCUUUGCAAAUGUACUGUCUGGCUCAGCAUUCUAUCAAUUCUCUAUCAUUCUUGAGCCCAAGUUCAUCCCACAAAAGCUGGCUGUAGCUGUUCCAGCACAGGCAUCCUUUUUCAUCGCCUAUGUUGUCACAUCUGGGUGGACCAGUGUAUCAUCAGAACUUUUCCGCGUGAUUCCUCUUCUUUAUGAUAUUAUACGGAGACAUUGUACCAGCAUUAUUGACGAUGAAUUUGAUGUUCCAUCUUUUCCCUUCCAUAGUGAAAUUCCAAAAAUUCUCUUUUUUGGGCUUCUUGGAAUUACGUACUUCUUUCUAGCUCCACUAAUUCUGCCAUUCCUCCUGGCUUACUACUGUCUUGGAUAUAUUAUCUACCGUAACCAGUUAUUAAAUGUGUAUGAACUCAAGUUUGAAACUGGUGGGAAGUUCUGGCCUAUUGUGCACAACUCGACUAUAUUUUCUCUGAUACUGAUGCACAUCCUUGCUGUUGGUAUAUUUGGGUUGAAGAAGCUUCCUUUAGCAUCUAGCUUAUGUAUUCCUCUUCCAGUUCUCACUCUCCUUUUCAAUGAGUACUGCCGGAAACGAUUCCUACCCAUUUUCACAGCUUAUCCGGCUGAGUGUUUGAUAAAGAAGGACAGAGAAGACCAGAAUAAUGCUGCAAUGACUGAUUUUCUUGACAAAUUAGUCACUGCUUAUCGGGACCCAUCUCUGAUGCCAAUGCAGCAUUCCAGUGAUGUUGAGGGUUAUAACACUCCCCUCCUUCAUUCUAGAGAAGUUUGAAGGUAGUGGGAGGGCCUUUCAACCUUAUGGAAGAUGGCAUGAUGAUUUUGGUAUGCUGAUAAAAGAAAGGAUGGCCUGAGGUUUGUGUCCCAGAUGAAGAUUAAUGAAA